UCCCUCCACGCCGACUCACCCUCGAAUCCCCCCUACUUCUUGCACCACAUCCGCAGCGCCGCCAAGAGAACAAAGCCAACCACCAACCAAACCUCUGCCCGCCAUGGCGCGCCUACCCACAGUCGAGGUCCGGGACCUGACCUACUCAUUCCCCGACCGCAGCACCGGCCUGUCGGGCGUCAGCCUCUCACUCCCGUCGCGCAGCCGCGCGUGCCUGAUCGGGGCCAACGGGGCCGGCAAGACGACGCUCCUGCGCCUGCUGGCCGGCAAGCGGCUCUCGCCCGCGGGCGCCGUGCUCGUCGGCGGCGUCGACCCCUUCUCCGACUCGCCCGAGGGCGUGACCUACCUGGGGCUCGAGUGGGUCCUCAACCCCAUCGUGCGCACCGACGUCGGCGUCGCCGAGCUCCUCCGCUCCGUCGGCGGCGACGCCUACCCGGAGCGCCGCGACGAGCUCGUCGCGGUCCUCGACGUCGACACCUCGUGGCGCAUGCACGCCGUCUCGGACGGCGAGCGCCGCCGCGUCCAGCUGGCCAUGGGGCUCGUCCGCCCCUGGUCGCUGCUGCUGCUCGACGAGGUCACGGUCGACCUCGACGUGCUGUCGCGCGCGCGCUUCCUGGGCUGGCUGCGCCGCGAGACCGAGGUGCGGGACGCGACCAUAGUGUACGCCACCCACAUCCUCGACAACCUGGCCGGCUGGCCCACGCACCUGGUGCACAUGCACGUCGGCACCGUGCGCGAGUGGGGGCCGACGCAGGAGUUCCUGGACGCCGUUGGGGAUAGCGGCUCCGGCAACAGCAGGCUGGGCGAGCUGGUGCUCGGCUGGCUCGAGCGUGACCUCGCGGACCGCGGGCCGCGCAGCCAGAACAGGCGGGCGCCCGAGGGCAAGACGUACGGCCAGGGCGGCGCCGAGCUGGGCGGGUACGGGUUCGAGCCGAACGGGCCGCCGCCAAAGGGGGAGUGAUGGAAGCGAGGGGGGCUUUCUUUUCUUCUUCGUUGUUUUUUUUCUUUUAUUGCUCUCCUUCUUCAACUAGAGAGUUGCGUUUCUGGAGGACACAGUGGCGUUCAACAAUGGCAUCCACGCGAGAGGGCAUAUUGCACUUAACUGCAUGCCAAUGGGGGAUAAACGGCGUUUUGUUAUUUGGUUCUUCAACACGGACAGGAAUCUAGGUAGAUAUGGGCAAGGCAUGAUACGUGAAGCUAGAAAAAUGCAAUAGCAGCUUUCAAGGCUACGAUGGCUAUCAACAAGCUUCCAA